AUGGCGAGAGGAGUACCAGAGGAUAUGGAACUGCCACUGUCGUGGACGGCAAGUGGACAGUCUAUCCUCAAACUGAACAUCCGCCAUCUGUGGUUAUGUGGAGUGUGGCCACUUCCUGGUUCCUGGAUGUUUGAACUGUACGGCUUUGUGGGGCUGGUAUUGGGCGUCUGGAAUGCAGUGGAGAGUUCGCUGGCCCUUUACUACUGCUGGGGAGACAUGGAGGAGACGACGCUGGUUCUUACCAGUACCUUCACAAUCGGUUGCGGCACCGUCAAGAUGGCCUUCUUUAUGCACAACCAGCGGCAGUACUACGCGCUGGCUCGACGCGUGGACGUGCUGAUGUCUCUGCAGAGGGAAGCCUGCUCUGCGGACCCUGGUUUGGCCGACAUCCACCACUGCUCCCAGAGGUGUGCGUUCCGUCUCACCACGGGCAUGCUGCUCUUCAUGUUCUCGCAGUGUUUCGUGUGGUUCCCCAUGCCGAUCGUGGCGCGGAGGGAGGAACGGCGCCUGCCGUUCGCUCAGCACGCCUGGGACAACAACACCCACUACUACGCGCUGUCGUACGCCGUGCAGUGCGUGAUAGGGGCGUGGACGAGUCAGCUGAGUUUCGGCGUCGACCUGCUCUUCGUCGCCGUCAUGAUUCUAGUGGCUGCGCAGCUGCAGAUACUUACACUGCGCAUUGUCAAUAUGAAGGCGGAGAGGUACGAAGUAAAGGUAGAAGAUGAGGGCAGAUCCGUGAACGGCAAUAUUUCCGAUAUAAUGUACGAAAAUUUGUGCCUUUGUAUCGAAAGCCACCAGAAAAUUCUCAGGUUCGUCAAGGACUUGGAGAACACUAUGAGUUCCGUUGUAAUGACACAGUUCUGCUUUAGUGUCCUCGUCGCGUGUGUAGCAUUAUUUCAAGCGACAUACAGUACAGACUUCACUGCAGUGCUCAAAUGCGCGUCUUUCCUUCCAGUGCCAGGUGGGCAGGUGUUCCUGUAUUGCUGGGCCGCACACAACAUAACCGAGCAGGCGGAGGCGGUGGUGCUGUCAGCAUACAGCUGUUGCUGGGUGGAAGCGAGUGGACGUUUCAAACGCAGCCUGAGAAUCCUCAUCAGCAGGGCCCAGAAACCUCUGGUUCUCACCGCUGGACGCCUCUACCCAAUCAACAGGGAAGCCUUCGUCUCGCUGGUGAAUGCAUCCUAUUCAUACUACGCAUUGUUGGGUCAAAUGAACAGACGUUAAACCCAUAUUCUUUGGAGCUGAACUGUGGAAGAAUACUGAUUUGCGCAUCUUUAAUAAAGAC